AUGAAGCCAUCAAAGAUAUUUGGGAUUUCACUUAGAAAGCACAUAAAUGGAAUGGAACAGAUAAAACAAGCUAAAUUUGGCGUUGUUGAUAUGGAUUUUGUGUUGGGAGUGGGAGGCUACGAUCUUGACAGAACUGAUUCUGAAGACCCAUCAGAGGAUUCUCAUUGUGAGAAUCACACUCACGAGCAUGGCCAUGAAUGCCACCAAGGGCAUCAUCAUGAUCACAAGCAUGAUUCUGCUGUAUCCAAUGUGAGCAUUGUUUCUGAAGGAACUUUGGACCUUGAUGAGCUUGAUGACUGGCUUGAAAGACUGGUUGAGGAAAAAGGGGAUGAUCUUUAUAGGAUGAAAGGCGUCUUAUCAGUGAGUGAUUCCGAGACACGCUAUGUUUUUCAGGGUGUGCAUUUAACACUAGACGGGUGCCCAGGCAAACCAUGGGGUCCAGAUGAGAAGAGAGUUAACAAACUUGUAUUCAUUGGAAGAAACUUAGAUGAAUCUGCUUUGAGAAAAGGCUUCAAAGGUUGUUUGGUGUAAUUCU